AAAGAAAAAGAAAAAGAAUGUAACUUGCUAUGAAAAUUACUAUUAUUUUUGGCCAAGGCAUGCAGAAGUUCCUGGGUCAGGGAUUGAACCUGCGUCACAGCAGUGACCCAGGCCUCAAGGGAAUUCCUGAAAAUUAUUAUGUUGUGGUAGUUGCACAACAAAGUAGGAGCAGAUAAGGGAUUACAACCCAGCCUAGGGCUCUUUUCUUUGAACUCUGCUCAUUCCUAACUUUCAUUCCGGUGCAUGCCCAGCCCUACCGGAGUCUCCCUAGACACUCACCAGUACCUGGCAUCUUUUUUCUCUAUCCCUUUUCCAGCAGCCUCCACCUUGUCCCAUCCCUUGAAGCAAACCCUGCUGUCCUCUGCCUCAGCCAUGUGUCCCCAUCCCCCACCCUGUCUUCUCUGGUGAAACUUUUUUUGUGAAUGCAAGGAAAGUGUCCAGUGGCUUUCAGCCUGAGACAGACCCCCACUGGGAUUUAAUUGUCCUGCUUAGAGAGUCCUGCCUUUUCCCCUUCCUUUCCAUUAAUGGAAUCGCACCUUCGAAAGACACCUUCAAGAUGGCAGCCCCACCCUCCUGGCCCAGAAGAGGUACUUAUGCCCUACAAAGAGUUUGGCUGCCACAGGACCACUUCCUGCCUUCCCCAGCCCUCCUGCCACAUCCUGGGUGGCUGGGCCCACCCUCACCCUGUCUCGCCACCCCCCACACCCCACCUAGGCCUUUUCAGAGUGGUGAAGGAGACAGAGGUACUCCCAGUCUACAGGUGCUUCACCCUGAGUCCCCAGGUACCCCCGUGCCUGGCCCAAAAUGCCUCCACUCAUUCCUUUUUUUUUUUUUUUUUUUUCCCUUUCCUUUUUUUGGCUGCCCCAUGGCAUAUAGAGCUCCCAGGCCAGGGGCCAGAUCCUAGCUGCAGUUGUGACCUACCCCGCAGCUGCAGCAAUGCCAGAUCCUUUAACCCACUGUGCCAGGUCAGGGAUCGAACCAUCGUCCUGGCGCUACAGAGAUGCCGCCGAUCCUGUUGUGCCACAGCAGGAACUCCCAUUCCUUUCCAGUAAGGCACAUAUCAGUUCAUUUCAAAAUUCCUAACACCGUGGAGAACACUUAAUGAGUUCAUCAUCACUGUCAGCACCUUCAUGAGGACUAACCCAUGUUAGAUUAACUGGGGUCAUGUAAAUUCUGAGGGUUCCAGAAGGAAAGCUCUAGAGGGCAGGGGGUUUCAUGGGGCACCAGGCUUCUCAUGGAGCACACAGAGGGUCCGUGGCAGAGCCAGGACUGGAGCCCAGGCCUCUGGAGUCAAUCAGGGGCAGACAGAGGGCACCCCCGCCACUGCCCUGCUCCUGGCAGCUGACAGUGGGGCUCUUCAAAAGCCAUUCUUCUACUGAGUGCCAGGCAGGUUGCCCCUGCACAGCUCUCAGGAGAGGACAGCAGCCUUCCCAAGGUGGGCUCAGAGCCCAGAGUGGAAGCCACGGAAGCGCUGGGGCAAGAAGACAGCUGUUCCCAGCCCUGGUGUCCUGCUGGGUCCUGUCACCCUGGCCCACACAGGCAGAGCGUCAAUGCCCCUGCCCUCCUUGCAGGUGCUGUGGACGAAGCCUUUCUGCCCAAAUUCUAUUCUGUCCCAAGGACUCUCCUCCUUCCUCACCCACUCUCCAGGGAGCCCAGGCUGACCCUCUGAAGUCUGGGGGCUUUGUCUUCCUUCUUCUUUCCUUACAAACCAUGGGCAUUUUCGGAUUUAGAGGUGAGGAAGGAAAUCAGGUCACUGUAAGCUCUUCCUUUACUGGCACCAUUGAUCCAUUUAUCCUUCUCUUCCCUCAGCCCCCUCCCCCAGUGCCACUCUGGACAUCUGUCCCAGCCAAACUCUCACCUUCCACUGUCCUUGCAGCCAGAAGCUAGUCCAGUCUCUGCGCCCUGCUCCAGUCCCCUCUCCUAAAACCGGGGAGGAGGCUGGUCUGCACGGUGCCCAGAGCCACCCCCAGUUUGGCCUCUGCCUCAGUUUCCCCUUCUCGGGCCUCAGUUUCCCAUCUGCUCAUUUGGAUUAAGGAUGCGUGCUCUCCACACCCAGAGGAUGAAGCGCUAGGGAGGUCGGAGGAGGAGGAAGGGCCCCCUCUGUGCAGUAUUUUCGACCCCGCGGCUCGGCUCCGGGUCCUCGGCACGCCCCUCCCUCUCUCCUCCCCGCCCGCCUCUCCCCCGCCCCUCCUCGCGCGGGUCCCGCGGCUCGCUCUUCAGAGGGCCCCUUUCCCCCGCCGCCCCGCGCCCACCCCGGGGUCCCAGCGCCCCGCCCGCCGCCGCCGCCGCCGCCGCCGCCCCCGCCAGGCCCGGCCCCGCCGCAGCGCGGGCGGUCAGUGCGCAGCCCGGCGCCCGCAGCCCGGAGCCAGACCGAGGGCUCGGAGCGAACCCGACCGACCGCCGCCCCGCCAGGAUUAAUUAAGGCUUCUUCCAUCAAAAGGGGACUUAUCUUCUUGAGAGCCUGAGGGGUUUUCAAGGCGCCAUGCUGCCGCUCCUGCUGGGCCUGCUGGGCCCGGCCGCCUGCUGGGCCCUGGGCUCCACAGAGCUGCGCUCAGCCUUCUCGGCGGCACGCACCACCCCCCUGGAGGGCACGUCGGAGAUGGCAGUGACCUUCGACAAGGUGUACGUGAACAUCGGUGGAGACUUCGACGCGGCCACCGGCCAGUUCCGCUGCCGCGUGCCCGGGGCCUACUUCUUCUCCUUCACAGCCGGCAAGGCCCCGCACAAGAGCCUGUCGGUGAUGCUGGUGCGCAACCGCGACGAGGUGCAGGCGCUGGCCUUUGAUGAGCAGCGGCGGCCCGGCACGCGGCGUGCCGCCAGCCAGAGCGCCAUGCUGCAGCUCGACUACGGCGACACGGUGUGGCUGCGGCUGCACGGCGCCCCGCAGUACGCGCUUGGUUCGCCUGGCGCCACUUUCAGCGGCUACCUGGUGUACGCAGACGCCGACGCGCCGGUGGGCGGGCCACCUGCAGCCCCGGAGCCGCGCUCGGCCUUCUCGGCGGCACGCACGCGCAGCCUGGUGGGCUCGGACGCGGCUCCCGGGCCACGGCACCAGCCGCUCGCCUUCGACACGGAGCUGGUCAACAUUGGCGGCGACUUCGACGCGGCGGCCGGCGUGUUCCGCUGCCGCCUGCCCGGCGCCUACUUCUUCUCCUUCACACUGGGCAAGCUGCCGCGCAAGACGCUGUCGGUGAAACUGAUGAAGAACCGAGACGAGGUGCAGGCCAUGAUUUACGACGACGGCGCGUCGAGGCGCCGCGAGAUGCAGAGCCAGAGUGUGAUGCUGGCGCUGCGGCGCGGCGACGCCGUGUGGCUGCUCAGCCACGACCACGACGGCUACGGCGCCUACAGCAACCACGGCAAGUACAUCACCUUCUCCGGCUUCCUGGUGUACCCCGACCUCACCCCCACCGGCCCACCCGGCUUCGGCCCUCCGGAGCUCUGAGCCUCGACCCAGGGAGGAGCCCAGGGCGCUGCGGGGGCGUGCAUGCUGAGCCGGGACCGCGGCCCGAACACCCCGCCGGCGCAAGCCUGACGGCCCGCCCAGCGUGGCUGGACUCUGCCAAUAAAGUGGGCCUGCAUCUAUCUGCCACGUCCCCC